AUGUGGAGUCAAAUUUUGAAGCGUUUGAAAUUUGACUCUGCGAGCAGCACCUGGUGGCUGUAUCGGCGACGGCAGCCCAGGGUGUCCGGAGGCCGGCGGGGAUCACCCCGCCCUGCAGACUACCCCGUCUAUCGGUCAGUUCCAUCGUCACCGUCACCGUCACUGGCACAGAGAUCUUCUCCGUCGACGCCUGUGGCGGAGGCUCAACGACUCGGACGAGAGGAAGGAUUCCAACGUUUCGGGGAUGGAGGAGAGGUCUUGGAGGGGGAGCAUGAGGUGGCAUUGACUAAUCUUACAACUCCUAGUCAUAGUUCUGGGGAUCGGGACCAGGACCCUGGACCUUCGUCUACUACCUCCUUCCUACCUCCUUCCACCAGCUAUCCCACAGAAGAGGACGAAGGGGCAAGGAUGCCAGAUCCCCAUUUCCAAUCCCUAGCCUUGGAUGAGGCCCUACGGAAUCUGGAUGAGGUCUCUCGCACACUCGGCAGCUAAUAAACGAAAUCCAGUUAAAUUUAAAGGAAAAGGUUAUUGAAAGAGAAAUAUCCGGAUUCCUCGGUCGCUUCAACAUAUCAUACCAAAGAUGAAAGAUAGUCAAAUUCCCCCCUCCGCCCCCCCUGUGCAGUGCAUUUUUUGUGGAAGCGGGGGGGAAGAGAGAAAGGACCGAUUGUUUUUCCGCAGACACUCCUGUGACACGUGGACCCCAAGCUCCAAGAUGAUUUUAGUGACAAAAACGAGGAAUGUCUUCUAGGAAGCCAAAAACGAUUAUCGAUUGUACAUACUUUUUUUGUAUUUGUUCACCCUGCACGGAAAUUCCAUGACGUGAUGGCGAGCCAGUGUAUAAAUAAGAGAGCUAGCGUUUCUUUUUUAAUUUUUUUGUUGACAUUGGUGUUGUUUUCGUGACUGAAUUUGCACAAGUGGAGGGAGAAGGAAAAAGAAAAAAGGUUGCACUGCUUUUUGCAAAUUUUCUUAGAGGCGGGGAGCAUUCAUCACCGACGGGGGAAAGUGCAAUACUUAAGUUCCAACAUCUAGGCUGGUUUUCCUCUCCGGAAACGAACCGUUUGCCUGAGAAAAUUCCCUGUUUGGACCAGUAACGGCACACAAAAAUUAACCUGUAGAUUCCUUGAUGGCUGACCAGAGGCUGCAUCUCUUCACUGCCGGAGAAAGCAUUUACAGGCGACAUCUCUUGAGUUUUAGAAUUUUUUAUGCUGGGUGAUGGAUGUGAAUGUUGCGGAUUGCUUCAGAGAUUAUUUUUAUUUCUAAUAUAUUUGCCAUGAGAAUAAUUUUAUGGGGGAUAUUGAUGCCUGAGAAACUUCACCGGUCUCCAUGCUCGUGUACAAUGUUUCUCUCUUUUUUUGUGGCAAUCAAAAUUGUUUUGUCUCGGUUCUUGUAUUGUUCUUGGAUGGUCUCAGAAUUUCAUCGUGUGGGGAAAAAAAAUGAAAAUGGCGGAAUCACCUCUUGUACACCCCCCGGAAGGAUUUGGAAUUUUUCUCUUAAGAAGGACCAGAGAGAGAAAUGUUUGGUACACAAAGACUCUGCUGAUAUCAGAGGCUGAUCCUAGCUUUAAUGUUUUUAUUACCUUGUAUUUUGCACACGAUACACGUCGCUCUUGUUUUUUUUUUUCUCUCUCUCUCUCUCUUUCUCUCUCUCUCUGUCCUAGGC